CUUUGAGCAGUUAAUCAGCGCGCAGCUUUUGCAACAUGGCACAUGGCAAGGAUCCCAAGAACAUUUAUCGAACGCUUGGUGUAGAUGUUGAUGCCGGCGAGGCAGAGAUCAGGAAAGCCUAUCGGCGACUUGCACUGAAAUACCAUCCCGACAAGAAUCAAAGUGAAGAUGCUACAGCCGAGUUUCAGAAGAUUGCCAAUGCAUAUGAGGUGCUUUCAGACCCUCAGCGACGCUCUAUGUACGAUUCAACAGGCUGCGUGGAUGCUGAGGAGCUGGAUGAUGAAGAUGGCCUGCUCCGAGCAUCUGAUUUGUUUGCCGCUUUUUUUGGUGGUGGUAUGGCGCAGGACAUGGAUGAUGAAGAGCAGGCGAUGCUCGACGAGUUCUUGAGAAUGACGGGCUCGUUUACGUUCAAGGCUGGUUCCCGACGGAAGGGCCGCGGUGGUCGGCGAGCCAGGCAGGCUCAGGCUGCGCAGAAUGCAGCCUUUGAGCAGGCCUUCAUGGCUGCAAUGACAGGAAUGCCGACCUUUGAACCCACGUGUCCUUCUGGGCAUGCCCUUAAGAAAAAGAAAGCAGAUGGAGGCUACGAAUGCGACGCUUGCAACAAGGACAUCGAAGAAGGAAAGCGCUUCUUUGACUGUCGGAAGUGCGACUUCAGCAUGUGCUCUAAGUGUCACAAGAAGGCAGAAGCUCAAGCAAUGGACGCAGCAGACGAGGAUGAGGAGGAGGGGGAGCUGUUUGAGGCCUUCUGUGAGGCAAAUAUUCGUGCCGAGCGCCAGGGUGGCCGCCUGCGUUUCCGUUGCGUGCUGUGCACCAAGAUGCUGGACUCGCAGCAGGAGGCUUCAGGGCAUCUUGUUGACGAGCACGCAGAAGAAUUCGAGGCGGUAGCUAACGAAGUUCGCGCUGAAAUGAGAGGUGGUUACGCCUCGUCCUCUUCAGGUAUGGAUGGCUUGGAGGCACUUCUUUUUGGAGCAGCCAUGGAGGCACUUCGCCCACAGGUUGCGCUAAAAAUCUUCCACUUCCUUGUCCAGGGCUUCCCUGGCAUGGGCAUGCCUGACAUGGGUGGCAUGGGCCCCAUGGGCCCCAUGGGCCCCAUGGGCCCCAUGGGCCCUAUGGGCCCGAUGGGCAUGGGUCCGAUGGACGGACCUCCAAAGGGAAAAAGGCGAAGCAGGAAGCGCUGAAGAGAAGAACGCUUCAUCUUUCGGGCGCCGUACACUGGAAACCGUCAUUGGGAUGUCAUCUUCCAUUCAGACGUCUUUCGGUACAGUAGCAACGCCAAUGCAAAGCGAUGCACUAUCGGCUUUCAUUGUAGCAUCCUGUUUGGACAGGAUGAGCUUGGGGCUUGUCAAGCAUCAAGCCUGACUGGACAUAUUCUCGCAAGAGCCGUUUCAUUGGCAACACGCUCAAUGAUGCCUGGCCGAAGACGAGGCCAACGCAUGG